UUAAACGGUAGGAGAUGCAAGCUAGGACGGAAAAUUUCGCCUAAAUCAGAUUCUGAUCCCUGAAAUUUGUAAACGGUCAGCUUGCAUUAUUUGGAAAAUAUGCAGAAAUACGAGAAACUGGAGAAAAUAGGAGAGGGUACCUACGGAACGGUGUUCAAAGCCAAAAACAGAGAGACCCAUGAGAUAGUAGCUCUCAAAAGGGUCAGAUUGGAUGAUGAUGACGAGGGUGUACCUAGUUCAGCACUACGAGAAAUUUGCCUCUUGAAAGAACUGAAACAUAAAAAUAUUGUUCGGUUGCACGAUGUACUACAUAGUGACAAGAAGUUAACGUUAGUUUUUGAAUAUUGUGAUCAGGAUUUAAAGAAAUAUUUUGACAGCUGCAAUGGUGACUUGGAUCCAGAGAUUGUAAAGUCCUUUAUGUAUCAGUUAUUAAAGGGACUAGCCUUCUGCCACAGUCGUAAUGUACUUCACAGGGACCUCAAGCCACAGAAUCUCCUCAUUAACAGAAAUGGUGAAUUGAAGUUAGCUGAUUUUGGAUUAGCCCGGGCCUUUGGAAUUCCAGUGCGCUGUUACUCGGCUGAGGUGGUGACAUUGUGGUACAGGCCUCCAGAUGUGCUGUUUGGUGCCAAACUGUACUCAACUUCCAUUGACAUGUGGUCAGCCGGCUGCAUAUUUGCAGAGCUGGCCAAUGCUGGGCGACCCCUGUUUCCAGGCAAUGAUGUUGAUGACCAGUUGAAGAGGAUCUUCAGAUUGCUAGGGACACCAAAUGAGGAGCAGUGGCCCACAAUGACCAAACUUCCUGAUUACAAGCCAUACCCCAUGUAUCCUGCCACGACAUCACUGGUGAAUGUUGUCCCCAAACUCAGCAGCACAGGCCGAGACCUGCUUCAGAAUUUACUGAAAUGUAACCCUGUACAGCGAAUUUCUGCAGAAGAGGCCUUGCAGCACCCUUACUUUGCUGACUUCUGUCCGCCAUAGUUGUGAGAGACGAAGAGUAUCAGUUAAGAGUCUGGAUUUCCAUUGUCUCGCCUUUACCAAAACUCCUGAGCAACUGUCAUAGCUCUCUUACAUCUUUGUGCCUCAGAACAAGACAGGCUCCCUGUGCCCUCAAAACAUCUGUCCGCAUCAGUGUAUCGCACUCGUUUUCUGUCUCCACUGUAAUAUUUCAGCUUGAGACUCAUGUCCAGAAGCCAUGUGUAGGAGUCAUUCUGUAAUUGUGGGUACAUUCUGCAUAAGUUAGAUGUCUGAAAAUAUUUACUGUUCCUGUUAAACACUUCUGUCAAAUUCUUUUGAAAGAUGUUAACAUUUGAAGAUGAUGAUUUUUAUAAAGAUAUUGUAUCAGUAGCUUUUUCAUAUGAUAUUGAGUGGAUAUGAAAUUUUUCCUCACUUUAUAUGUAAAAGGAUGGGAUCACUAGAGGUUCCCAGGUCAUGCACCCAGUUUCGACACAGGUUGAGAGUGUAUUGUUUUUGAGGUUAGGGUUCGAAUCCCAGCUGUGACACAUUUGUUGUCUUUGGCUUGGAGCUCAAUUCACUGUUCUCAGUUCAGCAGUGUUGUGUGAGGCACCUAUAGAAUUAGUGAACUUCAGUGUGAAGUCUGUUUUUUUCAUCAGAGGAAGAAAACAAGUAUAAUGUACAGCAAAAAUAAUGGAGAUUCAAGACUUUUGAAGUGUAGGCAGCAGUGUUCUGUUCCUGCUGAACUCUGUAAGGAGGUGGAUUGCGUCUUGUUUUAAUGAUCUGUGAUUUGUUGGCUGACCAAAAGUCAAACUGUAUUCCCAUAAAGACUAUGCU